AUGAGUGGCUACUCAGGAUCCCCCAACCUGCCUCCACACUCGGCGUCUCUGGACCACCUUGAUCUCAGAUCAACUCCACAGUUGGACGUGCCAUUGGUGGCUGAUCUGGAGCCAAGAAGCAAAUACAAAGAGCAGCUUCGAUACCUUGCUAAUUCGGGGUUUUUGGGUGAGAACAGCGCCGUGGGAAUAUCAGUGCCUAAUACUUUCAAGCAUAAGAAACACCCAAACGCAAAGACCAAGGAUCGGAUUGGCAUGGCACCUCUUGAUGAAAGCAGAGAUCCACCAAGGGAACCCCUGCCGCAGCCUGUGAAAACAAGCACGUUGAAGGGUCUCAAUGUCCAGGGCGAGUCGUCCAAACAUAACGAAACUCCAUCGUGGAUGCCUCAGGUUCUACGGGACGAGUGGCUGAAGGGCAAUGCAACCGCUGCAGAGGAAAACGGUCAGAAUAGUGCUGCAAAUCUUGAUUUUUUGGGCUCCGCCGAUGCUGGCACAUUUAUCCACAACCCCCAAAACUCUCAGGAGCAGCCAAUCACGCCAAUGUGGAAGCGGAUGUCCAAGGACUACCAGCUGAACACGCGAGCCGAGCCUCUCCAAAGCAUUUUCCAGUCCCAUGACGAGUCAAAGCAGCAUUCAAGUUUAAAUCCAUCCCAGUCAAAAUCCAUGUCACACCUCAAUGGCAAGAACAACAAUAAUAAUUCGAGAACCGGGAACUCAGCAGGGUUUUCAUAUUCCUCCGCUUUUUCAACUCCAGUGGCUACAAAAGAGGGCGAUAUACACUUGACUCAGCAGCAGAUCCACCAAUUGGAGGACAUUCUCGAGAAGGCAAAGGAUAAGCCGGAUGACUAUGAGAUCAAGGGCUCCCCCCUCAAGCUAUUCGGCAGCGACUAUGACACCUUCACAAAAGUCUUCCUUUCGAAAUUCGUCGAUAAGGUUCGUUCCACCACAAAUAGCGCCCAAAAGACAACGCGGAGUAUGUCCAACAUGCAACCUCCCGUCCCCAAGUUGGAAAUUCAGAAGUUUACGAGAGCAGGCGACUACACCGAUCAAGAUUUUAUGGAUAAUGCCAACAAUGUCUUUGCACAUAUUCAGCAAAGAGGUUACAAACCUAAUCAUCUAUCGAACGGACCAGACCACAGUACGAGCUUCCAGCGGUCUAUUGAGCACAACACAGUAACCUCCACGCCGAAAGCCGACAAGGUCAAUGACAUUGAUGUUAUUGCACCCCUUGACGAAUAUUCUUCCUUCUCGACAAACUUUGGUGACAGCUCCGAGGAAUCCCAAUACCAAGCACAACGCAAUGAUACCACUAACCAUCAAAACGAAUACACCUCAUUCGACAGAUCCUUGACUUCCAAGAGCAAUGGGCCUGAACCAGCGCAUGAGAGGCCCGAAGCACCUGCUGACAAUGCCAGUGUUUACACUUUUGAUGAGGCAAGUGAUGCUGGCUCUGACGAAAACUCCAUACCUGAAGAGCCCACUUUGGAUAUGGAAGAACCUCUAGAGAAUACGAAGAUCAGAUCACAUCAAGGCUCCGACAAACUCUCGGUUCAAGUGCCAGCAAAUCAAUUCGUUAGCUCCAUGUCUUCUGUCAAGCGUCACACCAAGGAGUCAGACCAGCGCCCAAAUUCUAUGGAACAAGAUUUCGAGUUCAGCGAUGAUGAUGAUCAAGGGGUGCCACCCAUUGUGUGGAAGAGGCCUUCUCGGUUGAGGCUCUCAAAUGAAGAAGCAAGGUCAAGAGUCAUGCUGAAUAGUAAUUUGGAGAACCAGAUUGCCAAAGGGACUGUCAAGCCAGGAAAAUUCCCAGAACAGUAUGGCAAUAUGGUGUACGACAACCGCAACAAUAGAUGGGUCUCGAAUGACAAAGAAAAUGAUUACCCUGGCAGUCUUGAUUCCAUCCUCGACCUACCAACAGAAUCUCAAGCAGCUAACGAUGCAGACGAAAGAGAGACUAAAGAAGUCAGUAUUUUGAAGCUGUCUAGAAAAACAUCGGUGAGGGACAAAAACUUGGAGGUCUCUUUUCAAAUCCCAGAUCGGUCAGUCGAAAGCCUGCCGCAGCAUCGUCAAGACUUCGAUGUCACUAAGCUCUCUGAUGUCGGAGAGAUUACUUUUUCUCAAACUCAUAAAAGACUCAUUUCGAUAAUAACGGGAAUAGCUGCUUCAAGCGCUUGGAACGAAAUUGACGUCAUUGAUUUGUCAAACCAACAGCUAGAAAGUGUUGAGGGGUUGCAGAAAUACCUUCCUAAUGCCACCAAGAUCGAUUUAUCGGCAAAUUACCUUAGAUUUGUCCGCGGAAUUCCUUCCGGUUGUCUCGAUUUAAACCUUUCUCAGAAUUCUAUCGAUGGCAUGUCUUCUUUUGCUGAUUUCCGUGACUUGCAGGUGCUCGAUAUUUCCUCCAAUUCCCUAGAGAAUCUUACCCCUUUACUUCAAGCAUACACCUAA